AUGAAUGAUUCAAUAAAAAUUAUCCGACCCGAUUCAUCUUUCACCAAUUUGCUCGAGCUAGCCGCUAAUAAUGACGUAGACGGAUUUAAGCAAUCAAUCACUCGUAUUCCUUCCGCCAUUAACGAAGUGGGAUUCUGGUAUGGGCGUCAAAGAAGCUCAAAACAGGUCGAUGUAAAUAGUUCUUGUGGCCUCGAUAAAACAACCGCUCUUCACUGUGCUGCUUCCGGUGGUUCUUCUAACGCUUUUGACGUCAUCAAGAUUUUGUUAAUUUCCGGCGCCGACCCUGAAUUAGUCGACGCCGAUGGUCGUCGUCCUGUUGACGUUCUUCUCGUUCCUCCAAAUCUUCCAAACCUGAAGAUUUCACUUGAAAAAUUACUUAAAAAUGAUGGAUUUUGGGUUGAACAAGAAGAUGAUUUGACUUGUUUCAAAUCAAAUGAGAAAAAGGAAUACCCAAUUGACCCGUUUUUUCCCGAUUUAAAAAGCGAUGCUUAUUCAACCGACGAGUUUCGAAUGUUUGCGUUCAAGAUUCGACCAUGUUCACGAGCUUAUUCGCAUGAUUGGACUGAAUGCCCGUUUAUUCAUCCGGGUGAAAGUGCAAGAAGACGUGACCCGAGAAAAAUCCAUUACAGCUGUGUUCCAUGCCCCGAUUUCAAGAAAGGACAGUGUCGACGUGGCGAUCUCUGUGAGUUCGCUCAUGGAGUUUUUGAAUGCUGGCUUCACCCUGCUCAAUACAGGACUCGUCUCUGUAAAGAUGGAACCUUUUGUGCUCGAAGGGUCUGUUUUUUUGCUCAUACGCCUGAAGAACUCCGUCCGCUGUAUGUUUCUACAGGUUCCGCCAUGCCCUCACCACGAAGUUCUCCGGCUGCCGCCUCCACCAUGUCACCGCCGUUUUCUCCACCACCUUUGUUGCAGCUGCACGGUGGCAAUCUUCAGGCAAGCCGACUGAGAUUGUCAUUUAACGCUAGAGAUGUUCACGCGGAGGAGCUUAAGCUGCUUCUUGACCUUGAAAUGCAUCAGCGGCAGCAGGCGGCGGUGAACCUUUUCUCGCCGGUGAACUCGUUUUCGCCAAAGGGUUAUGAGUAUUGGGGUUCGCCUAGGGGAAUGGAGCAACAACAACCUCACUUGCCCCCUUUUAGCCCACAGUUUUCGAAAUGGGAUUAUGCGAAAAAGGUGGACUGGUCGGUGAACGGAGGUGAACAAGCUCCGGCGAGAAGGUUGCAGGUCACUGAGCCUGAUGUUUCAUGGGUCCAGUCUCUGGUGAAGGAACCACCACCGCCGGUUGCUGCGGUGGAACCACCGGAGACUGAAAAGAACGAUCAUGCGGCUUUGGGAGCAUGGCUCGAAAACAUGCAGCUUGAUCAGAUUGUUGCCUAG